GGUGCCCGCCCGGCCCGGCGCUUGCAAGGCUCCCCGCCCCGCGCAGCCUGGGCUGGGCAGCGCGCAGAGGACGCAGCGGCGCAGGCUGCUGGCGAGGGGCCCCGGGACCCUAGCGGCCCCUGCGGGCAUCGCCUUCACGGGCUGGGACUGGCGGUCAUUUCCCUCUGCUCCCGGCUGCGGGGUGGCUCCGGCUCAAGGGCGGCUCUUCUGGCCUGCUCUGCCCUAGGGCGUCCUCGGGCCGGACUGUGCGCCAGCCGGCGUCUGUCAUUGGAUUGCAAAGGGCGAGCUCGGUGCUCUCAGCGAUCCGGCUGAGGUAGCGCGGGAGAAGCAAAUGCCUUGAAGUUUUCUCCCCCGGCGAGGGGAGGGACCCUGGCACGCGAAGACCGUACGGGCGGAGCGGGGCAGCCGGCUGGUUAUGUGCAGUCAUGGCUUGGCCGGCGUAUUGGGUGGACGAGAUCCAGUGGUUUACCCUGGUCACUCUGUUUGUGGCUGCCCUGGUCACUCUGGCCAUCUACCUGGUGCAAUAUGCUCUGGUCGCUCUGCGGAACAGCAGGAGGAAACCGCCGUCGUCGGAUGAACUUCUGCAGGGAAAUGACACCCUAUUGGCCUGGGUGCUGUCUCUGAACAGCUGGAGGACCCAGUGGCAGAAAGCUUGGAUAACAGCCCUGAAUGCAGAAGCCAAAGUGAGAGGGGAUUCGUUGUUGCUUACAUUUGAAGAAGACACAACUCCUCAGCCACUGGAGCUAGCAGUUAGACGGGUUGUAAGUGUUGUAAAGUCAGCCCAAGAGAAGGUGGUUUCUUGUAAUGUAGUGGGAGACUCCAUUCAAUUUAUUGUUCAUGUGUCACAUACUUCACCUACUACCACAGAAUGUCAGUCAUACAGUGUGAAACUGUCUCCACUUCACUUACAGCUGGAACUCUCUCUGAAAGAAAAAGGAGAAGACAUUGAAGUUGUGUGGUCCUUCCUUAAUGCCUCUGAAACUAAUAUUAAAAUCCAGCCAACAGCAGUGCAGGAGGGCCAGAUGGCUGAGACAUGUGCAAUAUUUGAGCCAUUCAGAGAUGUUUUCCAGAAUCUAAUUAGUUUAGUUUCACCAUCUGUAAUUUUGAGUACAAAACCUACAGAUAUAAUAAAGGAGGUACAGAAUGUACAAAACAUAGGAACUCUCCCCCAGGGCACCAGCCCUCCGAAACCUCCAAGGAUUCAUGAACUAAAACUGCUAGUGAAGAACAUUGUAGCCACACUGACUGAUCACAGUGCUGCAGGCAGCAUAAAUCCAGUGUGUGUAACUCAGUUGAAUGAUCCUCUACAGAAAUUUUCCAGCUCUGUAGCCAAAAAUGGCACUAACCUCUCUUGGAAAGAGGAGUUCAUCUUUGAAUUAAAUGCCAAAUCAAAAGAGUUACAACUGCAGAUCUUGGAAGAUGGGAAAUUGGAUAGUUCUUUUUCAGCAUGGGCAACUGUACCUUUAGACUUGUUCAGGAAACAGCCUUCUGGACAACAAAGCUUUGCACUGACAAGCAGGCCCAGCGGCCAUAGCCCUGUGUUAGGAUCGGUCACUGCAGAGUUCUCUUAUGUAGAACCUAAUGAGUCAAAGUCCUGGCAAGUUCCUGCUCAGCUUCCUGCCACAAAAAUAGAAAAGGAUCGAACCGUGAUGCCUUGUGGGACUGUAGUCACUACUGUCACUGCUGUGAAAACCAAACCUCGACUUGAAGGGAAACAUUCUGCACUGAGCCCAGAUUCUCCUGUGAAAACUCAUGCUAAAGAGAAAAUGAUUGAAAAGGAUUUCUCAGUUCAAGCAAUCCAUUGUCAAGGUGCUCCGGUCAGCAAAGUGUUAUCCUCUUCGGAUACAGAGCUGCUGGUGUUGAAUGGCACUGAUCCAGUUGCUGAAGCAGCCAUUCGACAGUUAAGUGAGUCUGCAAAGCAGAAGCUGAAAUCUCCAAGAAAGAAAAGCACCAUUAUCAUAUCAGGGGUGUCCAAGACCUCCUUAUCUCAGGACAGUGAAGCUGCACUGAUGAUGGACUAUGCAGCAGCCAUGGAUGACUCAUGUAAAGAGGAAGCCCCUUCCAUGGUGGGGGAUUCUACCACAGAAGUCCCCAAUAAAAAACUACCACUAGCUGCUUCACAAAUGCUACCUGCCACUGACCCAGAGGAAAAUAGCCAUAAUGCGUGGGACUUGGAUAACAGCAGCCAACAAUGGACCAGCAAUGCACUCUUAGACCAGGACUGUGAAGAGAUGUCCGGGAGUUCAUUAAGUGUCUCGGAAUCUGGGAGUGUGAAAAAAUCUAAAGGUGGAAUUUUGAAAAAAAGUGCAAAGCUGUUUUUCCGUCGGCGGCAUCAUCAGAAGGAUCCAGGAAUGAGCCAGUCACACAAUGACCUUGUUUACCUGCAGCAGCCAACAUCUGAUGAAACCCGAAGGAAGGGAGCAACGCUAACACGCAUCCUUCACAAGAAAAUUCUUUCUAAGAACAAAAGCAAGAACAAGCUGAAUGGCACUUCCAUGGAGCCAUGUGUAUAAAACCUAAUGCUCUCUAAAUGAUACUUGCACAUCAAUUGAUCAGCGGUUUACAAAACAAUACUAGAAGAUGUAAACACAGAUUGUGACAUGCA